UUUCAAAUCAGACGUCUAAUCUAACAUUUCCCAAAAUUUUUGCAAAAUUUUAAUACAAUUUCAAAAAUAAUAUUCAUGAAAUUAACUGUAAAGACAGUAACUAAUAAAGUAUUUCAUGUAGAUGCGAAUUCCGAUGAUACGGUUGGUGAAUUAAAAUUAAAGAUAGAGUCACAACAAGGUGAUGACUACCCUGCAGCUGAGCAAAAACUUAUAUAUUCUGGUAAAAUCUUAAAAGAUGAAAUAACAAUUGGAGAAUACAAAAUUGACGAAAAUGGGUUUUUAGUUAUCAUUGUUUCAAAACCCAAAACAUCUAAUCAACCAAAAACUAUAACACAACCAGAAGUUAAAACUUCUUCAUCAGAUAGCAAUAGCAGUAAUAAUCCAUCCAGUCUAUCAUCAGCAUCCUCUAAGGGCAAUAUAUCCGAAGAAACUCAAAAAACACCAAAUAUUACAGAAUCAACUUCUACAUCAGAUCCUCCUUCAGCUAUUGAAUCAACAUUUAUCACUGGUAAUUCUCAAAUGCAAGCUGUAAUUGACAAUUUAAUGAACAUGGGUUUUGAUAAAGACUCGUGUAUUAAAGCCCUUAAAGCUUCUUUUAAUAAUCCUACCAGGGCUGUAGAAUAUCUAAUCAAUGGAAUCCCAGCUACAUCUGAAAUAGUUGCUAGCGGAGCUGAAGCUACUGCCGAACACUCAGAUGAUCCAGAGUCAAUUGUUAGUGAUCCAUCCAUCCUACCAUCUACCGAAACAGAUGCUCAUCCAGCUGAUUCACAAUUACAACAAAACAUAUUGCCACCUAGAGGCCAAGACUCUUCAGAUCCUUUAGCUUUCUUGAGAAAUCUUCCCCAGUUUCGGCAGAUGAGAGAAUUGGUUCAACAGAAUCCCAACUUGCUUCAACUGUUUGUUCAACAACUAGGACAACAAAAUCCUCAAUUGUUACAAAGGAUAACAGAGAACCAAGAACGCUUCAUUCAAAUGCUCAACGAACCAACUAACGCGGAUUCAAAUAUUCCUUCUUCCGAAGCCGGGAAUACAGGGGCCAAUCCACCUAUAGUGGAAAAUCAGAUUGUCGUGACUCCCGUGGAACGGGAGGCAAUUGAGAGGCUGAAAGCCAUGGGCUUCCCUGAGGGAAUGGUUAUUCAAGCCUAUUUUGCCUGUGACAAGGACGAAAACUUGGCGGUCAAUUUUUUGCUUACCCAGAACCUCGAAGAAUUUGAAUGAAUCCAUUUUGUCCUAUCAUCUCCUGACUUUAAAAUAAAUAUGUUUUUAUGGCAGAGAUUUUUUCCGAGAUGAUUGAAUUUUUUUAGAGGAUAGUUUAGAUAACAAGCAUGCUUAUAUUAUAUAUUAUAUUAAAGGUAAUGCCAACUUAAAAAUAUUUUUAAUCAGCUUUGAAAUGCUAUUUAUAAAUUAUUGGUCCCGAUUGUUAAAAUUACAAAUGUAAAAAAAAAAUAAAUUUUUUUUUUCAAUAAAAAUUGCGAAAUUAAUUUUAUUUUGACUCUUCUCAAGACUGACUGCAAUAUUUCGAAAUAUGUUUAAGGUACUUUACAUGGAAAAAGUUACAUGGAAGUUAGGGAAACACAUUUAUUUUCUUCAUUGGUUUUUAUAAAUAGCAGAUGUAAUAUAAUAUAUAGAAAUAGAUACCUUUGUUUUGUUUAUUUGAACGAUGAAUAAAAGGGAAAAAAUAAAUUUUUGCACAUAUGAUAUGAAAACUUGAUUCUAAUUGACGAAUUAGAUAAUAGCUAUGAAAGUAUGUAAAAAUGGUUUAAAUAUUUAUAUAUAAUAUUAUAUUAGCAUUAUAUAUUUUUUUUUAAAUUUUAUUUUACUUCAAAAAACGAUAUUUCCUAAUAAAACACCUGUUGUUUUCUAUAUUUUUUAAAUUUAAACUGUUUAUAUUUGAUCGGAGUAAUAUUCCCACCUAAAUCAUUUUGUAUUUAAAAAGUAAUUGUAUUAUUUAACGUCCUCUAUUUUAUUCAUCGCUUCCAAGCAUUUGAAGAAUACAACAUGUAAAAUACAUCUAAAUAUUAUACUGGUUUUUAUAUUAUUUAUAUU